AUGGUGCGACAAACACCACCUCACUCCGCAAGGAGCCGGGCGACGCCCUCCCGUCAACCUAAACGCCAGAGACAGACAGAUGACCAUACUCCAGAUGUCUAUCAAGAACUGUUGGAGGAGGCUGAAGCUAAAGAUCCCGAGCAAUUUGCUUUGAACAGACCAAUUAAGAGACGCAAGGCCGGAGAUAUGAAAGCUAUCCCCGUGGGGCUAGGGGCCUCGGAACAAACAGAUCAGGACACAGAAGCAAACAAACAUAGCACCCAAUCAGUGCAAACUGUUUAUGAUUCAUCGACAUCGGAAGAAUCAGAUGUUGACUGGGAAGAUGUUGAAUUGCAGCAACCGCCCCUGUCCCUGUUGAAUAGACGCUUGGCGUCUGAAGGCGACAAUGAGAUGCUCCAGAUCACACUAGAGCAAGAACCCGAGAAGCACAAAAGAGCAGGCCAAAGAAGGAAGCCCUUAAAUGGAGCUGAGAGAAAAGCUAGACUUGAUGUGCAUAAAUGUCAUCUUCUUUGCCUCCUUGGCCACGUUCAGUUACGCAACAUGUGGUGCAAUGACGAGGGUUUACAGGAAUUCCUGAAGAAGACACUCUCUAGGAAAGUAAUCGCUCUUCUGCAUCCAGAUGAGGAUAAACCGCAUUAUAGCAGAUCCACCACGUUUAUGGAUGGUCUCAACCAGGCUGCAGAUACUUUCACACGCAGAUUUCAGGUCACCAAACCAGGAAUGAAACGGGCUCAUUGGGCGGAAGAUGAAUCGCAAUUAAAGCAGAAAUUGGAGUCAAUCAUGCCAAAUGCCGAAGUCUUUUUGUCCAAAGGGGAUUUCCGUACCCAAGCUAAGACAAUGCAAGGUUCCCGGGACUUCGGGGCUCAGCUAUUCUGUGCCCUUUUACGGUCUGUAGCCGUAGAGGCGAGACUUGUUUGCUCAUUACAACCGCUGCCAUUGUCUGGCACUGUGAAAGACAUAACGCCGUCUAAACCAAAGCAUCAACAUAUUGUGAUAUCCUCAGACGAUCCUGGAUCCUCAACAGAUGAACGCAGCAAGAGCGAAAAAUCACCUGCAGCUCCAAGGCCUCGACGGAUUGGACAGCCUAAAUUCGCCCCCUCUCGCCCCCCUCAACCAAAAUUCCACUCGGGCCCGGUUCCGAUAUUGCGAGACUCAUCAUUUCCAGUGUUUUGGGUGGAAGCGUUCAACGAAGCUGCACAUAAAUGGGUUUCAAUUGACCCUAUCGUAACAAAAUCCCUUGCAAAACCUUCGAAAUUUGAACCGCCUGCGAGUGACUCUUUAAAUGUGAUGAACUAUGUGGUUGGAUUCGAGGAUGACGCAUCCGCGAGAGACCUCACUCGUCGCUAUGUUAAAGCCUUUAAUGCAAAGACGCGGAAACUGCGCGUGGAGUCCACACGGAAUGGCGAGGAAUGGUGGGAUAGGGCUCUAAAGGCCUAUGAAAAACCCUUCUUCGAGGAUCGUGAUGAGGCAGAAAUUAGUGAAUUAACAUCCAAAUCAGCAGCUGAGCCCAUGCCACGCAAUAUCCAGGACUUUAAGGACCAUCCUGUCUAUGCGCUUGAGCGUCAUGUCCGUCGCAAUGAAGUGAUUUACCCCAAGCGAAUCAUUGGACACGUGGGGUUGGGGAAAAGCACAGCACGGAGUGAGACAUCAGAACCCGUUUAUCGUCGAUCUGACCUGCAUAUUGUGCGAAGCUCCGAUAAAUGGUAUCGCCUUGGGCGGGAUGUUAGAGUUGGCGAGCAGCCUCUUAAGCGUGUUUCUGCAAGUCGAAACAAGGGCGGGGGCUUGAGUGAUGAUGAAGAUGAAAAUGAGCCCCAGGAGACUACACUAUACGCCGAGUUCCAGACAGAAAUCUACGUUCCACCACCGGUGGUUCAGGGAAGAAUCCCGAAGAACACAUAUGGAAAUCUCGAUGUCUAUGUGCCCAGCAUGGUUCCGCCUGGCGGAGUUCACAUCAAGCGGCCGGAGGCAGUUCGAGCAGCUCGAAUCCUUGGCAUUGACUAUGCCGACGCAGUCACUGGGUUUGAAUUUAGAGGCCGUCGAGGCACGGCUAUACUCGGGGGGGUUGUUAUUGCUAUUGAGUACCAAGAGGCGCUUGAGGAAGUUAUGAGGGGUCUCGAGGAUGAGAGGCGGCAUGCUGCACUGGAAGCAAGAGCUGCGGAGGCUCUGAGGUUCUGGCGGCUGUUUUUGAUAAAGCUUAGGAUUGCAGAGAGGGUCAAGGAAUAUGCUGGCGAUGACGAAGAACAGGUCGAGGACAUCGAGGAUGAAAUGGAUGUUGAAGAUGCUGGUGGUGGUUUCUUCCCUGAACCAGACCAACCAGCUGUUGGCCCGUUUCUGGAAGCUCUUGGAAAGGGGAGAGUGGUGCAUGAUCAGCAUUUUCCCGACGAAUACGUGGAAAAUGAAAUAGAACCGCCCUUCCAAGAGGUUCAUACUCUUGGAGGGGGGUUCCUGCCCGAUAAUCCUCUAGCCCCAGACCCGGUGGAACCUCAAAGGCCUGCGCCAUUGACCAUAACCCGGGCAUCGAUUCCCAAGAGUAUUGCCAGGAACAAAGCAUCAAAAACGCCUCGCUACUCACUGGUAGUUGUACCAAACCACAGCUCAAACUCGAUAUCCGUACCCCAGGUUCUCGCAGGAUCAUCCGACAAGGCUCCUACCGCCAUAGAUCUAUCGACAUAUGGUGGAUCCAAAUCAGCAAGUGUGGUUAAUGUCUCCCGGCCACCGUCACCAGUGCCCAGUUCUAAUUCUGACAGCGAGAUCGAGAAGGGAUCUUUGCUUUCUGAGGACCCUGAAGAUGAGGAUGCUAUUCCCGAGUGGCUGAUGUCUGAUGAGGACUAA